UUUGAUCUAAAUGCGUUUUAAUUGGUAUUUUCAUCUAUUAAUCAGCGGAUAUAACUCCAAGGUUUAAAAGAUUUAUGUGUAUAAAUAUUUAUAUCGGAGAUCACUGCGUUCAUGUUUAUUGGUUACUUUGUGUUUAAGUAGGUGAAAAAUGCGUGGUUUACUAAUUCUUUGGGGAAUAUUUUUUAGUGCAAAUGCUUUGAGUGAAGAAUUUAUUGAAAAGGUGACAGCUGAAAUAGAACAAGUUGCUGGAAACUGCGCAGAAAAAGAAGGUGCUAACGCUGACGACAUAACCGAAUUGAUAAAACAUACAGUUCCUCCUAGUUCGCACACAACAAAAUGUGUACACGCUUGCAUUUACGAACAUUUCAAUGUGAUGAAAGCAGACGGGACAUUUGACAAACAAGCAACAAUUGACGCAUUUAAUCCUCUUAAAAGUGAAGAUGCAGAUAUCUAUGGAAAAGUUCUUAAAAUUAUCGAUGUUUGCCAAGAGAAACCGGAAAUCUUCGAAGACAGAUGCGAAACUGCUUCAUCUUAUACAGUUUGUAUAAAAAAGGAAGCUGAAAAUGUUGGUUUCACAGAAGAUUCUUUCAUGAGAAAGUAAAGUUUAAUCUCAUGUUUUUUUAACAACUCCAAACUAGCUAUUACAAUUUUGAAAUGCUCUUAUCCCUACUGCAGUGUACUCUUAUGUAAAAAAUAUAGUUGACAAGCAUUCAUUCUA